AAAGUCAAUAUCUCAUCUAUAGUGCCACCAUACGGCUAUAGCGAUCAAUAACUUUCAUAGACUUUAGGUCCAUGGUGACUUUCAGGGGAAGGUAGAAGCAUCCGUAUCCGUUGAUAUCACCUCGUGUAACUUUAAUCUAUGGUACUAUUCGUCGCAAGUAUAGCAGUGUGUGUAGCUCAUACGUAACGUUAGGUAUCGUACAUGAUGUGUGCACGUUGUAUCUGCAUUGCGAAGUAUAGAUAUAGCGAUAAACAGUGAAAGAUUAAGUUUGCAAUAUACGACAUAGAGGCUUGGGAGUAAGUGCAAGCGUUCAUUAAGGUUGACACGUUGAUGGAGUGUCAUUAGAUUACGCGUCGUAUUGGACAAAAUUAUCUUCCGUCACGCUUCUUAGCAGCAGACUUUACGUAUCGCAAGCGUGUAUAGUGCCCUUUGUCGGGCACAAAAAAAAUCGUGAAAAUUGCAUAUAUUUCGCGAGAAGAUAUGCCAGACAGUGGUGCUGUUUAUCAACCCACGACAGUGGGUUAUACGUAUGAUAGCGGAGGUGAUGGUGCUGGGGGCGGCGGCGGGUUAAGAAGUGGCUUUUGGAGAAUCAUAUCCAGGCAUAAACUCAGUUCUAGAAAAUGGUUCGAAUCUGUAUUGCUUUCCGUCGCUGUAUCGUUUUUCAUUGCUGGUUUGACAACAAUGCUGGUCAGUUUAGUGUCGGAGGACACAUCGCAGGAAAAUAAAAUAGAGAUAAAGACGAAUUUCCCUCCAACGACACCUGCAACAAAUGUAGAAGAACAUGUCGAAGACACUGCGAAAAGUUCUGUAGCAUUAGGUGCUGGUAUGAUGCUGGUGGGUCUAUUAUUGGGCUUCGGUUGGGUAUGGCUUCGUUUCUUCCAUCGCGGCAAAUCACCAAGAAGCGGAAUGGUUGGAAGCAGUGGUCAGAUGUUGGGCGGUUUGAAUCCAUCGACUGACUUGCUGGUGGGUUCCACUUCGCAGUACGGGCCAGUACUCACGGAGUUGCCGAGUCAACUGAAGAUGAAACAGUCAAGUUCCCAUGAUACACCGGCGAUACCGCUUUCUGAUCAGGAAGAAGAGACACGUACAUUAAUGCAGGAUUCUACGAUUCCUCCGUCUGUCUCCAUUGGCCCUAAUACUAUCGCUAAUCAGAUUCCAGGUUGAGUACAAAGGCUAGCUGCAUCGAUGUGUAGUAAGAACACACGACAUGGACAUUGUUUUAAUUUUAUGCGAAUCAACCUGAAUCGCACUUCUCUGCCAUUUUGCCGUUUAAUUUGAUUUACCUACAGACAGAACAUUUAUCCUUUCUAACAUUCUUUGGUAGCUAAUUGUUAUCAAUUUUUGUAAAUGCGUUUGUACUUUUUCUUUUGCCUGAUCAGUUUUAAAAUGUAAAAAGUUUAUUUCCAUAGAAUGUCGGCACAAGUACUAGUAUAAGGUUUUUCGAUUACCAUAACUUUUUUUUUAUUUAAAAUUUCGCCCCUUUGCUUUUAUCUAUGCAUUCCUCCACUCCGUCCAUUAUCAUUGGUGAUAUGUUAGAUAAGCAUUGGAUCCAGAUGUUCGAAAUAUUCAAAGGAAAUGGUUGAAAUGUAAUAUGAUCUGUUUUUCAGAAUAUUAUUUUCACUAUUAUUUAAAUGUAUAGCAUGUUCAGUAGUAAUACCAAUGUCAAUGUUCUUGGUAUGGUUGUGAGUUAUAUUAGUGCAGUAUUGGCCUUGCCGAAAGACCAGAUUACGGAUGCAUGUAUAAACAAGUAAUAUUUUAUAUUCUGUCCAAAUUGAAUAUAACAACGUUCGUUGAGUGUGAUUGACAAUAUUCGUAACAAAGUAUUUGCUCAUCUGUACGUAUAUGAAGAGAAAUGAGCAGUAACACAUGGUGGUACUAGCAAAGUAAACGAGAUGUGUAUAUAUUAGAAUAACAUACGUAAAUUACAAUACAAGGUUGUCCUAUACUUUCAAAUUAAGUUGAAAUGGGUGCGACACGGAGCAGUGAAGAGAACGCGCUGCACAAUUUUUUGUUGUAUUAGUUUAUCUUUUUUAUACUUGUGUUAGUUAUAAUUGGUACACCUAACUGCAUACAAUUUAAUUAGCAUGUAUGCCUAUUAUAAUACACAUACAUAUUUUAUAAUAUAAAUAUUUUGACUCUUUAAUGGAAUUUUGGACUCCGUUUUACUGAUUUUUCAUGUAACUAUUAAGACUGGGUAACGUUGUGUAUAUAUCUGUAAGGUAAUUUACAGUGAAGGUGUUCUGAUUAUCAGCUAUAAAUUUAAACAGGUUAUAAAAAUAUUUCUAAGUGAAAUUUGUUAUUUAUGUAUAAAUAUAAUAUUAUUUCAUAUCAAAAUUUCAUUUAUGAUAAGUGAUCGUUUUAUCAUACAUACAAACAUAAUUAUUUACAAAUAAUGUUAUUUAAUUUUAACGUUUUAUAAGUUUAUUAUAACGUGUGAAACAUAACUUUCGUAGAAGGACGGGGUUAAUCGAUUUGUUAAUAAAAAUUUAUGAACGAGCAUAUUUUCAAGAAUUUAGAAAAUCUAAAAGCUUUAUCUGGAUUCAAUGCUGUCGUAGAAUAAAUAUACAUAACAUCAUUAGUUUUUCAAUGAUUUGUGUAAAG